GCAGAAAAGUGGCCUAAAUAUGGCCACUGAAGACAUGCCCCGCGCGGAGCCAAUAGAGCCGCGUUGUAUUUACGACGUCUUGGGUUCCAUUAAAUCCGAAUGUCUUAAAGGACGUCAAGAAGACGCCGAAGAGUUUCUCUCCUCUGUUCUCAACGGUCUUCACGAAGAAAUGAUAGCUCUGUCAGAGCUCUGGGCCGAUGAGAAUCAGAAUAAGAGUCUGAACGGACAGCACUCGUCUGCAAAGCCAGUGAACGGACACAUCGCCGGCAAACAGGAAAAUGGCGAUCAUUUUGGAGACCAAAACGACAGCUACGCUGAAGACGACGACUCGAAUCUAUGGAAAGAAGUUAAUUCGAGACACCGAUCGAUGCCAACCCGUUCGGCAAAAAUAAUUCCAACACAAAUAUCAGACAUCUUCGGCGGUUCGACACUCGCUAUUAGGACCGCUGGUAAAGACCAGUGUGGAAACAGACAGCCAUUCUUUGCACUCCAACUGGACAUUCAGUCAGAUAAAGUUAAGUCAGUGGAAGACGCUCUCAAGUGUUUGACGAUUACUGAAUCAAUUCAGGGAUAUAUGUGUCCGAAGACGAAGCAAGUGGUGGACGCGAGCGCUCAAACAUUUUUGGAUACAUUACCUCCUAUUUUAAUACUUCAUUUGAAACUCUUUGUGUACGAUAUGGACGGCGGGUGUCGUAAACUAAUGAAAAGAAUUGAAUAUCCGGUGGAUUUAGAGCUCCCGCGAGAUUGUCUUCAUGAGAAAUGGGGGAAAGAGAAAAACUUUCAGCUCAAACGAUACAAACUACUGAGUGUUUUAUAUCAUGACGGGUCUGAAGCCAUAAAAGGUCAUUACGUGACCGAUGUUUACCACAUUGGAAGCAAUCAGUGGCUUCGAUGUGACGAUCAAUCAGUGAAAGUGAUUCCAAUGCAGAAAGUGCUAACUCCUGAGUCUUCACGAACUCCUUAUCUGCUGUUUUAUAGACGAAACGACACUCUUUAUAGCAAACAUACGCUCCAAUCAAACCAUUCAAAGACAUAUUAUCGUUAACCGCAAGUUUGAAAUCUUGGUUUUAAAUCAUUAUUUUUCAAUAUAAAGUGUUUCACAAACUGUUUUGACUGGUCUUCCCUUCAAAUCGUUUUUAUUAGUAAUAAGAAAUGAGACAAAAGACGAUUGUGUUUCUGCUGUGCUUUCUAUGGAC